CUGUGGAAGAAUUGACAAGAUUAACUCAUGUCUAUUUGGAGUGAUGGGGUUCAGGCAAGCGUCUGCAGUGCUGCUGUUGGUGGUGACUUUUGGCUGUGUUAGUGAUGCUUGGACCUCCAGAACGUUUUAUCUGAGAUUGGGGUUUCUGUGUGACAAUGAAGUUUCAGCCCAGUUUGACUCUCAGAAGCCAGUGCAAGAGCCUGUGGGAGAGAACCCUAGUGGACAAGGACCUAGCGAGCCUGUGGGGCAGGAGCCCAGCGUCGAGCCUGUCGGACAGGAAACUAGCCAGGAUGAAGACCCUGASAGCUUCCAGUCCAAGCAGACAUUUGAGAACCCUCUGACUUGGCUCUAUCCUACGCUUGAGAAGCAUGAGCGCAAUUCUACUGUGUUUGAGCGGCUAAAGCAGGUGGCAGCCAACGGUGUGGUGGCUCGGUGUGGGCAAAGUGUGGUCCGUGUGGAGGUGAAGCAGGAACUUCUGGGGAUUGGCCGGCUCAUCCAGCCAGAGCGUCUCACACUAGGAGGCUGUGCUGCCAUUGAGGAGGAUGCUGAAGCUCAUGUGCUCAUCUUUGAAUCAGAGCUGCAUGGCUGUGGCAGUGAGAUGAAGAUGACUGAGGAUGUGCUGAUCUACACCUUCACUCUUGUCUAUGAGCCAAAACCUCUUGCUAACACUGCUAUAGUGAAGACCAGUAAAGCUAUGGUUGAUAUUGAGUGCCACUACUUGAGGAAUCAUGAUGUGAGCAGCAAUGCCCUGAAGUUUGCUGUASAACCUAGCCAGGUUGUUAUAAAGCCUGUGGGCCGGGAACCUAGCGUAGAGCRUGUGGGCCGGGAACCUAGCGUAGAGCCUGUGGGCCGGGAACCUAGCGUUGAGCCUGUGGGCCAGGAACCUAGCGUAGAGCCUGUGGGCCAGGAACCUAGCGAGCAGUUUGUGGGCCGGGAUCCGGUUGGAGAGACUGUUGGACAGGAACCUAUACAGCCUGUUGGCGUGCCUUUGGGCUAUGAAGCUGUUGGCGCGCAGCCUGUGGGCCAGGAACCUAGUGAGCAGCCUGUGGGCCAGGAUCCGGUUGGAAAGAGUGUUGGACAGGAACCUAGCAAGUUUUUUGGCGGGCUUCUGGAUCUAGAAACUAGCAAGCUUGUUAUAAAGCCUGUGGGCCGGGAACCUAGCGUAGAGCCUGUGGGCCAGGAACCUAGCGUGCCUGUUGGCGAGCCUGUGGGCCACGAAGCUGGAGAGCAGCCUGUGGGCCACGAAGCUAGCCAGCUGCCUUUUGGUGAGCUUUUGGGUCAGGAACCUAGUGAGCAUGUUGGAGAGCAGCCUGUGGGCCAAGAACCUAGUGAGCCUGUGGGCCAGCAACCUAGCCAGCCUAUGGGCCAAGAGCCUGUGAGCCAAGAACCUGUUGGAGAGCAGCCUGUGGGCCAAGAACCUGUUGGAGAGCAGCCUGUGGGCCAGGAACCUAGCCAGCCUGUGGGCCAGGAGCCUGUGGGCCAAGAACCUAGUGAGCCUGUGGGCCAAGAACCUAGUGAGCCUGUGGGCCAGCAACCUGUUGGAGAGCAGCAUGUGGGCCAGGGUCUUAGCCAGCAGSCUGUUGGCAAGCCUUUGGGUCAGGAACCUAGUGAGCAUGUUGGCGAGCCUGUGGGCCAGGAACCUAGCGAGCAGCCUGUGGGGCAGGAACCUAGCGAGCAGCCUGUGGGCCAAGAGCCUGUGGGCCAGGAACCUGGCCGAGCAGCCUGUGGCCCAGGCACCUGUUGGAGGAGCAGCCUGUGGGCCAGGAACUUAGCCAGCAGCCUGUUGGUAGCCUUUGGGUCGGAACCUAGUGAGCCUUUGGGCCAAGAACCUAGUGAGCAUGUUGGAGAGCCUGUGGGCCAGGAACCUGGAGAGCAGCCUGUGGGCCGGGAACCUAGCGAGCAGCCUGUGGGGCAGGAACCUGGAGAGCAGCCCUGUGGGCCAGGAACCUACGAGCAGCCUGUGGGGCAGGAACCUAGCGAGCAGCCUGUGGGCCAGGAACCUGGAGAGCAGCCUGUGGGCCAAGACCUUAGUGAGCCUGUGGCCCAGGCACCUGUUGGGAGCAGCCUGUGGGCCAGGACCUUAGCCAGCAGCCUGUUGGCAAGCCUUUGGACCAAGAACCUAGUGAGCAUGUUGGAGAGCCUGUGGGCCAGGAACCUAGCGAGCAGUUUGUGGGCCAGGAACCUAGCGAGCAGCCUGUGGGGCAGGAACCUAGCGAGCAGCCUGUGGGCCAAAAGCCUGUGGGCCAGGAACCUGGCGAGCAGCCUGUGGGCCAGGAACCUGGAGAGCAGCGCCUGUGGGCCAAGACCUUAGUGAGCCUGUGCCCAGCACCUGUUGGAGAGCAGCCUGUGGGCCAGGAACUUAGCCAGCAGCCUGUUGGCGAGCCUUUGGGUCAGCAACCUAGCGAGCCUUUGGGCCAGGAACCUAAUGAGCAUGUUGGAGAGCUGGGGCCAGGAACCUAGCGAGCAGCCUGUGGGCCAGGAACCUAGCGAGCAGCCUGUGGAACAGGAACCUAGCG